GUUGUCGGCGCGCGGCGAAAUGGCGGCGGCGGCGGCGGCGCGCGGGCGGCGCGCGAAGCGGCAGCUCCCGGCCCCGCCGCCGCCAUUGGCUGGAUUUUGCUGCAGGCCCGCGGCCGGCGGGGGCCCGGCUGCCCCACGGGCACCGCGCGCCGCAACGACCGGGCCGGGACAGCGCGCCGUGUGCGGCGGGAAGGGGGGCGGCCGCCUCCCGGGGGUUCGCUCCCGCGGCGCGCAGGCCGAGCCGACGCCGAACGCCGCGGGGGCGGCGGCGGCUGUCGUCUUCCCGGGGCCGGGGCCCCCCUGUCGGCGGCGACGCGGAGCGUCCCCGGCCGCGGGGGGAAGGGCGCGGAGAAGAGCCCGCCCCCGCCCUGCCCCGCCGCAGUCCUCAACCAGGUCGGGCCGCCGGCAAUAAAGGGAGGCGCGGGCGGCCGUUCCCGCCAGACGCGGCUUUGGGUCAGUGGAAGAGGAGAACAUGUCCGGGCGCGGCAAAGGCGGGAAGGGGCUCGGCAAGGGGGGCGCCAAGCGGCACCGCAAGGUGCUGCGCGACAACAUCCAGGGCAUCACCAAGCCGGCCAUCCGGCGCCUGGCUCGGCGCGGCGGCGUGAAGCGCAUCUCGGGGCUGAUCUACGAGGAGACGCGCGGCGUGCUGAAGGUGUUCCUGGAGAACGUGAUCCGCGACGCCGUGACCUACACGGAGCACGCCAAGAGGAAGACGGUGACGGCCAUGGACGUGGUGUACGCGCUCAAGCGCCAGGGACGCACCCUCUACGGCUUCGGCGGCUAAACUCGGUUCCUGCAAUAGGUUACGCUCCUACAAAACACAAAGGCUCUUUUCAGAGCCGCCCAAGCUUUCAACAGAAGAGCCUGAGUCACUGUUUUCUUCUGCGUGUGUGUGGGUGUGCGUGUAUGUGCGUGGUGCUGUUGCAGUUGAGGCGGUUGCGGUGGGGGCGGCUGGGUUGGGCUUUCGCUGCCUCUGCCCGUAGGCAGCCCCACUCGUCCUUCGCUCCCCGCUCCCGGGCUCCAACGACACUGCGUGGGGUUGAAAGGGGAACGAGCGCUCCUCUCCGCGGAGAAGAGCGAGCAACGCGUGAGAGA